GAACAUUCCCCCUCUGAAGUCAACUAUACAACUUUAUAGUUGGAUACUUUUACUCUCCAUUGAACCCCUAAUACAGCAACAUGCAAGUCGAAGUCGACCCCACCGAAGACACAGAGUGGAAUGACAUUCUUCGCUCAAAGGGCAUCAUCCCCGAAAAGCCCCAGGACCCGGAACCCCUUAUCCAGGAAGCUCUCGUCGAAGCCGAGCGCAAGGCCUACGAAAACCGUCUCGAAGACAAAGACCUCGACGAGUUGGACGAGCUCGAAGACGAGGAGGACGAAGCUUUCUUAGAGCAAUAUCGGCAAAAACGCUUCGCCGAACUCUCCACCCUCCAAAAAACCUCCGUCCACAACCAAGUCUACCCGCUCCAAAAAGUCGACUAUGGCCGCGAAGUGACCGAGUCGUCCCAAAAGACCUUCGUGCUCGUCAACCUGACCUCCUCCGCCAGCCAGAACGUCGAGUCCCGCCUGCUGACCGAGCUGUGGCGCCAGCUGGCGCAGAAGUACGGCGACCUCAAGUUCUGCCAGAUCCGCGGGGACAUGUGCAUUGAGGGGUAUCCGGACCGCAAUACGCCGACGAUUUUGGUGUACAAGGAUGGGGAGAUUCGGAAGCAGAUGGUUACGCUUAAGGAGUUGGGGGGGGUGAGGACUCGGUUGGAGGACCUCGAAAGAAUGCUCCUCGACCUAGGCGCCAUCAAAGAAAGCGACAUGCGUCUGAAAAAAGACGCCGACAGCGACGACGAAGACAACCACCCCAACCGCCUCCGUGCUAGCAAAAACCCCAAGCCUGAGGUCGAAGAUUACGACGACGAUUGGGAUUAGACAAGAUACGACAUACACACACACACAGAGAGAGAGAGAGAGAGAGGAUGAAGUGUUGUACACCAUGAAUACAUACAUACCUACCUACAUACUACUACCUACCCCCUAUGACGACCUCAUACAGAAUCAGCCGGAUUUGAUAUCCCUUUUGGUUGUUUCCAUCUUCUUCAUUCUGUAUUUUUGCUCCUUUUUGUUUUGUUCUUUGGACGCUAUCUACUGUUGUUACGGAAAGCUUAGUCCGGCUUGGAAAGUUGUCAUCAGGCGGGUUGAGGUCAUUCCACAGGCAUUUACAUAUUUGAACAUUUGAACAAUGAAAUAAGA